AUGAGUGCGGAACUGGACAAAGAGAAGGAGGAGGUGAUCGCCUUGCUGGGGCCACGAUGGCAGGCCAUGUGCCGAAGCAACGACAGCACCACCUUCCUAUGGUCCCACAAUGGAAAGACCAAGAGCGGAUGGAUUCAGCUUCUUCCGAACAAGAAGCUCUCCACCACUUGGUGCCUGGGGACCUGGGAGGUCUUGGCGAACAACCCCGAUGUCGUGGACAUGAACUUUGGCACCUCGAGGCACCUCUGCCACUACAAGGAAGGAGGCUUCGUGGUGGAACAAAAGUACAACGUGAGGACCGGCAAGGAGAGCUACAAGCCCGGCAAGCCCAAGUCGUGCGGCUUCGUGACGCGCAACGACCAACGCGGGCACCGUGGAGUGCCCGGCGAGAAGGGCUACAAGGCCCUGGGCGGCAAGAGGAAGGAGAUGAACGAGGAUGAAGAGGCGGAAGCACGCGCGUGUAGCUUUCUUCAGAAGGAUCUGACCUUCGAGUCCUUCUUCGGCGCUUGGUGUGACUGGCGGUCCAAGCGAGCUAGGUGCUUUGCUUCGGUGCCUUGGGCUCCCCCGGUGGAGCCCACCGACGUCCUCGCGGAGGCUGACCAGCUGGACGACGCGCCCAGCCGCGCGCCGCUCACCGACGCGCCCAGCCGCGCGGGGAGCGUGGACGAUGCACUGCCGCCCUUCGAGGAGCGAGAGAAGGCGAAUGACUUAGAGGAGCGGCCAACCUACGUCUUUGAGAAUGGCGCCGCCUACACGGGGCACUGGUCCGGGCAGCAGCGCGAAGGCUACGGCGUCCAGGUACUGGCGGGAAAAGAAGAGUUGGAGGUCUGGCCCGAUGGCGCCCGGUACGAGGGGAACUGGAAGGCGGACAAAGCGCAGGGCUGGGGCCGCUUCGCCCACGCCGAUGGCGAUGUCUACGAGGGCGAGUGGGUGGCGGACACGGCGCACGGCCAAGGGACGUAUCAUCACUCCGAUGGCUCUCAAUACGAAGGUCACUGGGAACACGACCGGCAACACGGCCACGGCAUCGAGCUUUGGGCAGAUGGUGCACGCUACGAGGGGAACUAUGCGUCCGGGAAGAAGCACGGCCCGGGCUAUUUCUCGUGGGCCGAUGGCUCCACGUACGACGGAGAGUUCUUGAAGAACAAUGACAUCCAUGGCCAAGGAACGUACACCUGGGGCGAUGGACGCUGCUACGAGGGCCAGUGGGAAGGGAACCGCAUGCACGGCGCGGGGAGGUUCCGCUGGCCGGAUGGGCGCGUCUAUGAGGGCUGCUACCUCCACGACAUCAAGCACGGCCAUGGCGUCUUCCGAUGGCCUGAUGGGCGGGAAUAUGAUGGUCAGUGGAGGAGGGAUGGGGAUUGGAUCGGUCUCGGUGGUUUCGCGUGGACAAGAAGUGGAGGCCAACAGCUAGCAUGGCUGCUUUCCUCUCUGCCUGGAACCGCAGUCCCUUCCAGAAAGAAGUCUGGUUGUUCCAAUAUGGCUUGCUUGAAAUCCUUUACAUAG